UUGACUGACUGUCCAUUGUCCAAUAAUACUUACCAAAUGAUCUCAUUUUAUUGAUCAAAUAGGUAUAGUGCUAAUCAGUGUUACUAUUUCUUAUAAAAAUUAGAAACUAGAAAUCAGUAAUGGCCAAACCUAAGAACGAAGAUGCUUCUGAGGAAGCUAAAAAAAUUGUAGACGACGCUAAAAACUUUAUCGAGAGAGCCAUUGCAGAUAUUGGUAAAACUUCAGCAACUAAGCAGCUAAUUUUAGGAACUGCAUCAGGAUGGAUAACUGGUUUCAUUUCUAUGAAGAUUGGAAAAGUAGCAGCUGUUGGACUUGGAGGUGGAGUCAUUCUUCUACACAUUGCAAGCCAAAAAGGCUACAUUGAUAUUAAUUGGGAUAAAAUAAACAAAAAAGUUGAUAAGAUCAGUGAUAAAAUUGAAAAAGAAGCUACUGGAAAAUCCCCAGAUUGGUUUGAAAAGGUGGAAAGAUUUGUAGACCGAAAAUUGGAUAAAGCUGAAGAACUUAUAAAAAAGAAGGAAAUAAAGGCAAAAAAAUGGUAUAAUAAUUUCACUGGUGAUGACCAAUACCGUGCUACAGAAUCACAUGUCUUUUUGGCAGCAUUUUUUGCUGGAAUGGCUAUUGGUCUAAUUUGCGGAAAGUAAUUCAGUUGUAUUAAAUUAAACUACCACUUGUAUUACAUAAAUAAUAAUUUCGUGUAGUAUUUAACCUGAGAUCUUUUCUUUAAUUAUAAUUUUAGUUUAAUAGAUCUAAACAUAAUAAUUAUUAAAUAAACAUGUAUGUAACUUA